UGGCAGGACGCGAAUGAAACUGUAGGGAGCAGUAUCGGGACUUAGUUGAUCAACCGCAAGACCAGAGUCCUUCUAUCAAGUACAACGUAACGCUGCGGUCCCAUAGGCAUUCUAUGGCGGUACACGGGCGAGGCGACAAGAGCCCGUUUUUUAAUGGAUGUCAAUAGGGGAAAUGCUUCAGUGUGCUGAAUAAACUGCUUUUGUAAGUUAACAGCUCGUCACUUAAUGAAUUUACCACUGUCCGCUAAUAUUCAACAUGUUUUACACUAAACAAUCCUUUUGAUAUGAACUAUGUGUGGAGUUUACUACGGAAAAAUCGCUGUUUAUAAGAGCAGGCGCGGACAAUUUUGCGACAGGAGGGUAUUAGUUUACGGCUCUCCCAAUUCAAAUUUAUGCUAUCCGCAAACGGUGACUCACUGUCGUAACUCGCUAGUUGACGCGAUGGGAGAAAGGUGCCAUCCGUUGUUCCUGGCAGGCUACUCUGCCUUACAGGGUCCAUGUGGUUAGGAUUAGGGUGGGGCGGAGUUAGGGCAUCUUCUUCCUGUCAGGAACAAACAGAGACACCAUUGUACAACGGACCUUGUUGACCGAGGUAGUUAUCUCGCAUAGACCAUUUUCCCUGUAGAAGCUCUCUGGCGAGACUUCCUCGAUGGUGUCGCGCCGUUAUACCGUCAUGAAGGAAGACCAAUUACGAAUGAAUAGUUGCAGCAGGGUCUGUCCUCCCUGUGUACAGUGAUCCAGAAAAUCAACUGAACUGUUUGAAUGUUUAAAUUUUAGCCAUGUCAUUAAUAAUCUUAACAUCUGCACACAGACUACGAUCAGUCUAUAGAUUGCAGAGAAUACACGGACACAUGAUGACAAGUCAAGCUGGUUCUGAAGUUCUGUUUGAGAAAGUGGGUAACGCUGGUGUCGUCACACUAAACAGGCCCAGAGCUCUCAAUCUCACAAUGAUCAGACACAUCUACCCUCAGCUUAAGAAAUGGGACAAAUACUCAGAAACAGAUAUAGUGAUCAUUAAAGGAGCUGGGGGUAAGGCAUUCUGCGCUGGUGGGGAUAUAAGAGCUGUCAAGGAUGCUGGAAAAGCUGGAGAUUCUCUGGCUCAAGACUUCUUCCAUGAAGAGUACAUUCUGAACAACACUACUGGUACAUAUCAGAAACCAUAUGUGGCCCUAAUUGAUGGGAUUACAAUAAUAAUUUGUAAUGAUGUUGGGGGUGGCCACUUCUUGCCUGGGUUCCAAGGCAAGUUGGGUCUUUUUCUCGUUCUGACAGGAUUCCGUCUCAAAGGAAGAGAUGUGCAGAGAGUCAGGGUGGCUACUCAUUUUGUGCAUUCCGAGAAGACUGCAUCUCUUGAGAAGAAUCUUGUUCACUUGAAGUCUCAUUCUAUCAGUGAUGUGGCCCAGCAACUGGAUUCUUAUCAGGAACAGGGCAGCCUGGACGCUGAGAAACCAUUUGUCCUGCAGCAACACACUGAGGCCAUCGACAGGCUGUUUUCUGCUGCCAGUGUGGAGGAGAUUGUGGAGAACCUUAAGAAAGAUGGCUCUGCUUUUGCACAGAAACAGACACAGACUCUGGCCAAAAUGUCCCCCACUUCACUGAAGUUAACUUUUAGACAGAUUCAAGAAGGAGCAAAAAUGAGUCUGCAGGAGGUGCUGGUGAUGGAGUAUAGACUUAGUCAGGCCUGCAUGAGAGGCCAAGAUUUUUAUGAGGGAGUUAGAGCUGUGCUAAUCAAUAAAGACCAGAGUCCAAAGUGGAAACCUUCCACCCUUUCUGAAGUCUCAGAGCAAACUGUAGAGGAAUGCUUCAGCUCACUUGGUGAAAGAGAUCUCAAACUUUAA